AUGGAGCGUGUUGUGAAUCCUGGACCGACUGAUCAUACACUUCUUCUCUCUCAGCAUGAGCAUAAAUCAGAAUUGUUAUGGAAAGGUGAGAUAUCAUUUAGUAGCCUUAUGAGGACGGUGCACAUGAAUGAUGCUUGGAAUUUAUUUCGUUUGCAUCGACCUCGUGGACGUGUUGAGGAGAUCUUACGUAGGUCAGGACUGUAUGAUGUAGUUUGUGUGGGCAGGAAGCAGUAUGAUCGUGCGAUUGUUACAGCUAUGGUUGAGCGUUGGAGGCCAGAGACUCAUUGCUUCCACUUACCUUUUGGUGAGGUCACGAUUACAUUACAGGAUGUACAGGUCUUGUUUGGUCCAUGGCGUACUUUAUUAGAGACACUCACAGGAUGCGCCAUAGCACCUACUAAUAUGGAUGGUGCGAGCCGGGUGAGGAUACAUAGCAUUACCGGCUACUUGCGAGAUCAGUUACAAGUAGAUCUAAUUAGAGAUGCUACUAUAGUGGAGCGGGUUGAGAAGAUUCUUAGAUGUUACAUGCUUGUUAUAUUGGGGCAUCUUAUUUUCGAACACAUCAGGGAACCUUAUUAG